AUGGGGAAAGCUGGACGACUGGCGUGUAUAUUCACGCCUAUGGCUUUGACCAUUGCUAGCUUCAUCGCCCUCGUUCUCAUCGAAGUUGCCGGCUGGAACACACUCGACAGCUACUACUUCUUCCGAGCCAACUUGACCGACCUCGACGUCAGCGGAGGCUCAAGUAACUCGGCUCUCACCACAGCCAUUGGAGACAUCAAGACUGCUGGAGGUGUUGCCGAAAUCUAUAAUGUCUACCUCUGGAACUACUGCUCCUCGAACAACACCGACGGCAGCGAUACCAAAUGCUCGAAGCGCGAGGCGCAAUUCGUUUUCGACCCCAUCGAUGUUUGGCAAUUGAAUACCACCGGUAUUGCGACCUCGACAUCCUCCGCGGAUAACGCCAUCGAUGGAAAGAAGGCAUUGGAUGCGUACAGGAAGGUCGCGAAGUGGAUGUUUAUUGCAUACCAAGUCAGUUUCUGGACCACCCUCGCAACAAUCAUCGUUGGAAUCCUCGCCCUCUUCAGCCGCUGGGGCAGUCUCUUCACCUGGAUCCUCUCCGCCGUAAGCUCCUUCUUCACAAUCGCCGCCGUCCUAACCUCGACAAUCCUCUUCUCCGUCCUCGUCGGCGCCCUCAACAAAGUCUUCGAAGACUACAACAUAAAACUCUCCAUGGGCCACAACGCUCUAGUAGCAGGCUGGCUCGGCGUAGCAUUCUCCUGGGCCGCAACACUCUUCUGGUCGAUGUCCAUGUGUUGCUGCUCUGGACGCAGCAACCCGCACCAUAAAAGCAACAAGGGAGGACUCUGGAACGCCGAGCCAAAGGGACAAGGAUAUGGGGAGUAUGCUCGUGGACGAGGCUUGAAGGUUGAGAAGACUGGAGGUGAUUAUGAACGAGUCGCUUCUCCAUAUAUUGGGGGACAUGAUCAUGGUGAUCAGGUUCCUCUUCAUGAAUACCAGCAGCCUGCGCCGUACAGUGCGCAUCAGGGCGGCGUUGGGUAUGAGCCGUACAGACAUAAUAACUAA